CCCCGCUUCCCCGAACUCUCUCUGGCUCCCGCCUUCGCCCGCUUCCGGUCGUCGUCGUCGCCGCUGCUGCCGCUGCUGCUGCUGCUGCUGCUGAGGCUGCUGGCGGAGGCCGGAGGAUCGGGCGGCGGCGGCGGCGGCGGCUGAGAGGGCGGCGGCGGGAGCGGAGCGGGACGAGAGAACGAGAGGAAGCAAGCGAGGAGCGCGGGGAGCGCGCUUUUCCGCCCGCCUGAGGAGCCGGAGCAGCCCCGGCCCCGCCGCCGCCGCCUGCCCGCCGGACAAAGCCGAGAGCCCGCGCCCACAGCCAUGUCCUCGUCCGCCGGCAGCAGCCACCAGCCCAGCCAGAGCCGCGCCAUCCCCACUCGCACCGUGGCCAUCAGCGACGCCGCGCAGCUACCUCAUGACUAUUGCACCACGCCCGGGGGGACGCUCUUCUCCACCACACCGGGAGGAACUCGAAUCAUUUAUGACAGAAAGUUUCUGUUGGAUCGUCGCAAUUCUCCCAUGGCUCAGACUCCACCCUGCCAUCUGCCCAAUAUCCCAGGAGUCACCAGCCCUGGCACCUUAAUUGAAGACUCCAAAGUAGAAGUAAACAAUUUGAACAACUUGAACAAUCAUGACAGGAAACAUGCAGUUGGGGAUGAUGCUCAGUUUGAGAUGGACAUCUGACUCUCCUGCAAUGAUUAGAAGAAAAGCAGCAACACUGAUACCUGUGUGCACCUGAUUUGGCCAAUAAGAUCCACAGUGUAAAGACAGAAGAGGCAAUACCAGCAGUCCCCAUUACAGUCUCCACCUCCCCCUUUUCCCCUGGGUGCCAAAUGAUGGGAAGAUGAGCUUCAUCUGACCAUUUCUUCGCCCUGUCUCCUAUUCCCCUUCUCAGUUAGACAGGUUAGAUUGAAAGCCCUUGGUGUACUUCUGUAGCGCUAAGCAGCCCAUAGAGGAAAACAGUUAAACUCUGACUUUCCUAGUUGUAUUUUUAAUUGAGAGCUAACAUCAUACCCCCCAGUUUUGUCCCAAAUCAAAUAUUGACCUACCAACAACUGCCUGACUGGGAAGUCUGGGAAAGGGAUACAGAGGCUUGGUGGGCCUAACACCAUUCAUGUUCCUUACACUCUGUCUCUCCUCCCCGUAUUCCGCCUAUGGUUCAGUGUUGCAAGAAUCGGCUUGGGGUCUUUAAAACCAGCAGGGUAAAUGAUAAAAAGAGAGCUGCUUUCCCUUUUACCUUGAGGUAUUCGUCCCUCGGGACAGAGCACAGUUUGUGCAACUCUGGUAGCAUUAUCCUGUGACACUGUUUUGAGGUCCACUUCUGUUCUUUCCUUUGGGAGGAAUGUCUUCCGUCUUUGGUAUUAUAGUUCAUCUUCCCAUUCUUUUACUUAGCGCAUUUGUGCAGAUAUUUUUAACUCUGUACAUCAGAAGAGAGCCCUUGGUAACCAGUUUAGUUCUUCUGCCAUUCCUCCCUGCUUGCAUCUUGUUGCUGGCAGAGUCCUCUUGUACUUCAAGAAAGAGAAGUGAUUUUGUCUGUUCUUAUUACCAAGUAAUAGAGGCACUUUAGCCUCACUUGGUGGGUAAGGCCUGAUCAUAGUAUUCUGUCAGAUAACGCCUAAGAAUGACCUCUGAAGAGCGUUGACCCAUUUGAGUACCCAGUCUCAGUAGUCAUUUUUAAGUCCAGGGAGCAUUGUGAUAGUUGUUCUCAGAUUGCAGUUUCUUAACGUUUUGAGUUUGAAGUUGAUUUUCUUAACGUUCUUAGAAAAGAACUGCAUUUUUCCUUUGUGGAUCUGCUUUGUUUGGCUGCCGGGAUAGAUAAGUAUGGGCUUAAAAAACGUGUUCCUCCCAGUUUUCUUGUCUUUUCUAUUGUACUCUGAAUUUCCUUCCCUACCUCCCUCACUGUCUUCCUCUCUCCUUCCUUUCCUUCCUUUUUCUCUACCAGGCCAUUUUUCAAAUUUACAUCAAAGAUACCUCAUGUUGGUAUCUGAGAAUAUCUGUCACUCCUCUUAUCUGAGAAGUGACCUUUUAUUUUUAAGAUGACUACAGACCUAUUUUUAGAUAUGUUUUCAGUACAAUUUUGAACAGCAACUUUUUAAUUAAACAUCUUCCAGUGUUAGGAAGGUGAGAAAUGUUCAUAGGCAAGUCUGCUGUUCUAUGUCAACAUCUUUUGUCGCCCCUAGUCCCCCAGGAGCUCUUUCCUUUCCCCUCUAGUUUUGGGUGUGCAUGUUUGGAGUUUGUAGUGGGUGGUUUAAAACUGGACCAUUCUGCCUUGCUUUGGGUUGUUCAUGAAAGCCUCAUUCUUUUCUCUGAUCCUUUAGCUUUUGCAUUCACCCACCCUUCCCACCUACCUCUCCUGGGACUAUUGACCAGCAUAAUAAUCCCAGGAGAAUGACUUCUCUCAUAGAAAGACUAAAGUAUCCAUCCCCUCAUAGUUAAGUAGCCACUGGUGUCCUGGGAAUUUCUGGUUGGAUUUGGUGCCCUGAACUUUGUUAUUAAGAAAUCAGUUCCCAGGGUGAGAGUAACAGGCCAUUUGGCCAAGAAAGAAGCCCGAUUGUUUUUCUUUCGAACUAUGAAAAGACCCUGUUUGUGAAUACAUUUGACACGAGAGGAAGGAUGUCUGCAGAACUUUGUUCUGUUUUCUGCUACAAAAAUGUGAAUAGUUCAGAGUGAAAACCUUUUGUGAUGGUUGAUGUCUCUCAGGAAUAAGCUGGAUCUCCAAUGUUUUGGGGAUGCUUUGAGUCUCAAAAAUUGAUAAUCAGAAAAGUGUUUUUUGUUUGUUAAUGUAUCCCUGUUCUGUUUUUAAUUAAACUCCAAAUCUCAUUUUACAUAUUCUUGGGAAAAUCUAAGUUGCGCUGUAAUUUACAUAAAAAGCAUGCUCAGGACCUCUUUGCACCCUGGGGAGCCUGAUUCUUUGGGAAUGAAACUUUUCAUUCUUCAUACACUGGCCUUGGCAUCCUGUGGAAUUUGACCCAACUAGCAGUCAGUGAGCAGAAGAGUGAACUCUUCUUGAUCUUUAUUGCUAUGUGUGAAAACUUGGCUUCCUCACUGAACAGUGGAAAAUGGAUUUAAAGCAUGAGCUUGAGUAGUGUCAAGAUGCCAUUUUUCUUUUCUUGCCAUCUUGGGGAGCUUCUUCUGCAUGUGGCCCCCUAAUUAGAAGGCAUGUUUUUAGUAUUUCUUGGGAGCGUUAGCUGUAUAAUGCAGCAGUUGUCCAAUCCCUUAUCCUUCUCUGCAAGGACUUCCUUACGGCUUGGUGCAGUUCUUUCCCAGAGACCGCCUCUAGACGGCCUUUGACCUUCAUAAGUUGGCAUUUAAAAAAUAAUUUCACAGGGCAUGAGAUAAACUUCCAAUAGAUGAUACCUUUGUGUCAUGCCUCGUAGAAUUAUUUUUCGAACAAGCCAGAGUCCACUGGGUGGUUUACCUCUGCAUGUUUGGAGGGAACCUCACAGAUGAAACCCUGAAUGAAUGAUGUGUCCUGGCUUUUUUAGAGGGAAGGAACACCCUUAAGUUGCCACUUGACUGAGACAGUUCUCACCACUUUAGUGACCAUAUGUAGUUUUCUUUUUAUGAGGAACCCAUGCUUCUAUUGUUGUGGGGACAUUCGCUCUUAAUGAGAAAUGACUUCCCUCCAAAUUCCAGAAGCAGACAUGCAUUGUCAUGGUUCUGCCUUCUUUAUUGUGUGGGUCAUUGAGUUCACCAGUUCUCAUUCUUUUUAAAUAUGUACAGCAUUUUCAAGGGCACAGAUACAGAGAAGCUGGCUUCUAGGUAUUGGGCUUCCAAGCCAAGAGUUUCGUCCUUCCACCUGUAUUAGUUAUCUAUUGCUGUGUAACGAAUUACCCUAACUUUAGUGUCUUAAAAUAGCAAACAUUAUCUGUCCGUUUUUGUGGGUUAAGAAUUUGGGGGGAGCUUAACGUGAUGGUUCUGGCCCAGGGUAUCAUGAAGUUAACAGUCAAGAUGUGGGCAAGGGCUGUAGUCAGCUGGAGCUGGAGAAUCCACUUCCAAGUUCUCUUUUUGUGGCUGUUGGCAUUAUGCCUCAGUUUCUUCCCAUGUGGGUCCCUGCAUGAGUGGCCUCACACCACGACACCUUGGCUUCUUCCUGAGCAGCUGAUUCCAGAGAUGGGUGGCAGGGCCAGGAGAAAAGCUACAGUGCCUUUUAAGACAUAGUCUUGGAAAGGACACACCAUCACUUCUUACUCCAGUCUUUAGAAGCAAGCCACUAAGUCCAGCCUGCUCUCAGGGAGAGAGGAAUUACACAUCCCUCUACCCCAAUGGAGCAGUAGCAAAGAAUGUAUGGAUGUAUCGUAAAAGCACCACACCCCAGCUGAGGAGGAAGCCAGGUCAAUAGGGAGGUAGGUUUAAUCUAGGUAAGCUGAAAGGUAGAUUGCUAUCAAAAACAAUUACCUGGAUAGAAAGCAAACUCCCCAAAGCUACCUGCUGUUUUUGAGAGGGGUGGUAAGAAAUGGCAAUUCCAGGAGAAGUAGAAAAUAAUAAGCUUAACUACCAGCAGCUCAGGUAUGCUUAUUUGCAAGUCCUAGGCUUGGUGACUCAUUUACCACUUUUAUUUUCCUGUAGCUAGGAAUUAACAAAAGGAAGUGGGGCCUUCAGCUGAGUCACUAAAGCUAUCUUAUUUGGAAUGGGGAUUGUCCAGCAAAGAGAGCAAACAUGAAUUAGAUGUUAAGCUAUACUGAGCUGAAGACAAGAAAGCAGUUCAGAUUUAGGUGAAAUAGAUGAUGUUAUCAGAAAGCCAGUUUCCCACCAGCGUGGGUGCUUGGUACCUGGUCUCUCCAGUCUCAACAGAGUCAGGUCAGAUCUCUCACCCAGGAAGCAACCACUCCAUAAAAUGGAGAACAUCUGAGAAUUACAAAUGACCUAUGCUUGGUUGCUCCUCUAAAUCCAGUGCACAGGUUAACCCUGCAUGCCCAUCUCUUCCUGGGCUUCUUGAUGGCAAUGUGUUCUUAAAGAAUUGGUCUUGUCUUCACCCUCAAGACAAACUUAUAAAGUUUUUUCGUUUCAUGCAUUCUAGUAAAUGGCUGCUAUAUGUUUCUGGCACCCAUUCCUAACCAGUUCUUUAGAGAGUUCAGAUACUUUAAAGAUGCAAAUUUUGUUUUUGUUUUUGUUUUUGUAUUUUUUGUGAGACAAGAGUUGUGCUCUGUCGCCCAGGCUGGAGUGUAGUGGUGCGAUCUCAACUUACUGCAUCCUCUGCCUCCCAGGUUCAAAUAUUUCUCCUGCCUUAGCCUUCUGAGUAGCUGGGAUUACAGGCCCACACCACCAUGCCUGGCUUAUUUUAUUUUUAUUUUUUAAUUUUUGUAUUUUUAAUUUAGAAACAGGGUUUCACCAUGUUGGCCGGGGUGAUCUCAAACUCCUGACCUCAGGUGAUCCACCCGCCUCAGCCUCCCAAAGUGCUGAGAUUACAGGCAUGAGCCGCUGCGCCCAGCCAAAGAUGCAAAUUCUUGUUCGGAUUUAUGUUCUGCCUCUUCCCAGCAUUUUCUUAUCUAUAGCCCUGCUUGCUUGAGAGUACACUUGGAUAAGAAGCAUUGCUGUUGAGGCAGCUGUAAGAAAAGGAUACUUCUUCCAAAAGUAAAUAACUCCUCUUUAGAGCACCUUUAAAUGAAUUUCAUUUUUCUUCCUUAUUUUGAAGUGUAUUCAAAUAUAUGGUCUUCUCUUUUUUUGCUGUUUGGGUUUCCAGCUUUUUGGGACUUUCAGAACUUACCUUUCCAGCUCAAACACCAUUAGUUAAAGUCCCUCACCUGCUUCAAAUCAAGGCAGCUGGUGAAGGGCUCAGCUUGUCGGUGGCAAUAUCCAGAUUGAGUCUGUUUCCAUUUUCCUCACUUGGAUAACAGCUGCUUGAAGCCAGGGCUCUUAGCCCUUUGCAUUCCCCUUUAGAGAGGAAGCCACACUGCCUUUCUUCCUUAGUUCAGAACUAUCCUUCUUGGCAGGCAUGUUUUCUGGACUACAUGCACAUGAGCAGCUAUUGAUUCAUCUGCAAAACCCAAUCACUUGCCUACCCAUAAUAUCUGGGAAUGAGUGGUAUUUGUGUUAAAAGAAACAUUGUGUCUUUGGGAGCGGUUUCUGUCUGGACUUUGAGGUGGACUUAGUUAUCUCACAGUUCUUCACAAAGCUCUCAGCUUUUAAUAAAAGAUGAAACCAGAUAUGAUGCAGUUGGGUCACAAUUCUCUAGAAUGCUUCUACCCCAGGGCCACUUCCUGUUAGUCAUGGUUUUCCAGUUUAGUAGAGUUUCUUGAGGGUGACCUACAGACAUUUCUAACUGAAAACGAUAAGAGUUAUUGAUACAUACUUGUUUUCUCAGUUAAUCAUUUAACAUCACCUUUCCCACUCUCUGGAAUUUAAAUUUAUUUCUCUAGGCUGGUCCUGGAAGUUGAUACCUUUUGGCAAAGCUUAGAUUUAGGAGAAGGCUUGUGAGUCCCUAUUCAGAGGGUCUGUGGUUUCUCUUUGCUUAAGGCUCUCUGCCUGCAGCCCUGGUAGACCAUACCGUAUGUCAUGGAUACCCAAUGGAAAUAUUACUGAGAUGGAAGACAUUUCCCAGGGUAAACUCUCACUCUGCCACCUUUCUAAGGGUGCAGAGAGAUGCUGCAAUGCUUGAUAAUCACUUGGCCACAUUGAAAUUUCCAAAGGGAGCUUUUGCCGGUGCUUAAAACCAAAACUCCUGGACACUUAGAAAAUUCCAUGAAUCUAGCACAAAAUACCCAUUCUUGCCUAAAUGUAUCCCCUUUCUCUCCAGCUUAAUCUAAAGGAAAAAAAUGAAAGCCCAGGCCAAGGGUACUUUUAACUGGAAACCAGGGGAGGAGGGAAGAACACUAGCAGGGAGCCCAGAGGCGGGUUGCUGGGUAAGCCACCCCGCCUUACCUGGUGCCUGUAUCUACAUUGCUGAGUGCCGUGCGCCAGUGCCUUUCCUUCACCUGCAGUUGGAGCCCAUCUCUCUACCUGGGUGAGGAGAUCCUCUGCUACUCCAGGGGUAAAACUUAAGAAGGUGUCUUGAAGAGCCCAAAGGACACUCACAUGCUAAGGUGUCCAUUUUAUGCAUCUUUAAAAUAUUUUAUUUAAAAAAAAAAAAAAUAGCCCUGCCCUGUCUUAGUGCCACUGAUGGCCCAGUACCAUCCAUUCUGUAUGGAAAAGCGGAGACUGCCAGCACUUUCCUUGGUCUUCCCUUUGUCUCCCAUGAUGUGUUGUCCCCUCAUCCCUCUCAUCCACUUCACCCUGUGUGGAUGGACAGCAGAGGGCACCACGCAGUCCUUGAGGCAGUUCUGUGUGAUUCCAUGAUCGGUUGUUUUUGUAUUUUAACUAUCCUUCCAAACAAGCAGAUGUUUGGAAAUUAGGGAAAAAAUUAAAUUUUCAUCAAUGGUUGCUGUUAUAGUUAAAUCAAUAAAGAUCUUGAGUAUCAA